AUGGUGCGAGCAGAGCUGAACAAGCUGAAUGAGCUCAACAAGGUUGAACACCUUUUGGCCGAAGGGCCAUAUCCGAACUUUGCCAACAACUACAACGGCUGGUCCAAAAGACGCCAAGAGCACAAGGAAGGGCAAAGACCACCACUGAGCAUCUUCGAAGAGGGGGGACAAAAUGAGCCGAAUGCCUUUCCUCAGUUAGGGCUAGGCCUUCCCACGACGUCGCAUCCGGUAGAAAGAUUCAUGGAGAGUUUCCUUGCCGAUCAUAUUCGAAGAAAGUCAAUGUCAAGAAAUCUUCGUUUUGGUUCGCCAAUUCCCAAUGCCCAUAUCAGCAUGACAGCCUGCGACGCAUCAUUGAGGUGA